AGUUAUUUUGGUUUCAAGUUAUUGAUCGUGCUUCAAUUUUGACAUGGCGAUGGUGACCUGCAUGGUGGUUAUUUUGGCCACAGCUCUGGUGGUUGUUAGCAGCUUUCCAAGCAGCGAGGUGGCAGAACCACAUCCGAAGGCGAACAAGGAUGAGACAGACUCCACUCAGACCUUAAAGACGCCCGACAUUCUCUACGAAUGGGUUACACUCGAAUAUGAAGACCCACCAAGCGGUUCCAAUGAACAUGGCCCGCUGUUCCAGCCGAAGCACUGCGUUUUGACCGGUUUGAAGAUUUGCAACGGGAACGUGGCCAAGAAGUGCGAAGAAAUAGCCCCAGGUGAGGAUAUCAUCUUUACCUCAACGCCACGCUGGGCCUAUGGUGUGCCAUACACACUGCACAAGCUUGUAAACGCCAAGUUACAAGCAUGGCCGUCGAAAGAAGCUCAGAAGAUCGGUGAUUGUUCCAAGAUUCAGUAUGUGCAAUCCAUGGAAAUCGACCCGGACGGGGUGAUGUGGGUCAUCGAUGCCGGCCACAAGUACUUCACAUUUUCAGGUCCUGGUCCAGAGUUGUUUGACAGGUCCAUUGAUCCCAAGACCCAUGAACAAACUGGGAGAGAUGGUCCAGAUCUCAGCUGCCCACCGAAGAUCGUCCUCAUUGACAUCAAAGAUGGCACCUUUAUCCAGAGCUACGUUUUUCCUCCUGAUGUGGUUGCAUAUCAUGCUUCCACCCCUCCCUUUGGCACAUUCUUGAAUGACAUUGUUAUCGACACAGUGAGGCAAGUAGCUUUCAUAAGUGACCUUGGUGGCUUUGAGUCGGAAAAUGGUGGCAUCAUCGUGUACAGCCGCAAUGGAAACUUUGGGGCUGGUUCAAGUAGACGGUAUCAUGACCGAACAACUGCCGGCACCAUGGGAUACAACAUUACUGUUAAUGGACAUAACUAUUCUUCUCAACUGGGUGGAACCGCUGUGGAUGGAAUUGCACUUUCCCCGGACCGCAAGCACCUUUACUAUGCAAAGCUUGGUGAUCCAGAGCUGUACCAGGUCAGCACUGAUGCCCUUACUGAUUUGUCUUCAGACUACACUGCUUGGAAAGCAAAUGUGAAAGCUACUGUGGUGUACUUGGGGAACCAAGUUGGCACUCCGAAUGGGCAUGGGUUUGGAGUGCCUGAUGGUAUUACAGCUGCAGAAAACGGCAUGAUUUUUGCAGGUGCAUACAACCACAAUGCUUUGGGUACCUACAGAGUCGACAAGAAGCUGGUGCAUGUGAAAUCUGUACAAAGCGAGGCUGUGAUCCCUUGGAUUGAUACAUUUGGAUGGGACAACAAAGGCUAUCUUUGGAUGACUUCUAAUCGGUUGAACCACUGGUUCUUGGGAGCAGCCACUGGCAACACCAUGGAUUUCUCUGGGCGAACUGGCACCAACUUCAAGAUACUCAAGACUUAUGUCGGCACCAAUUCCUACAUUUGUGCGCAGGAGGGAGUCAGCUGCCAACCAAAGGACUUCUCCGACUGUACUUUUUCUGAUUGGGGAUUGUGGGGAGAUUGCUACAGGUCUGGAAAUGCAGAGGAUGCAGGCAGGCAAUGGCGCAGCAGAAGUGUAUCUUGCACCAGGGGGGGGCAAACCACUGAAAGCAAAGACAUGGAGGAGAGCUUCUGUGUGCCACUUCCACUAACCUGUCCCAGAGGCAAGGAACUGGAAGCAUUGGCUUCCAAGUACGAGCCAUGGGGGCUGUAUUCAGACGUUUGGGGUGAAGACGGCAGAUAUGGCCUGAACCCAUAUCCUACACCUGUAACAGGUGUUCUCGUGGAUCGUGCAGAAGGAUGCGGAGUUUGCUAUGAGGGUUUGGUGGAGUAUCUUUCAGGCUGUUUGGUUGGUGGCCGCCUGCAUGAAGGCAUGACCAUGCGCUCACCACAUGUGAACUCUCCAGUAGCAGACAUGGCGAUCCAAUUCAAGCCAAGAAUCCUGCACAACACCACAUGCAAAAAGGAGGGCUAUUUGGUACCGAUUGGAGUCCCGGCUUUCUACUACAAGUUUCAAAUCAAUCUCUUUGCUCGAUUCUCUCAGGAGAGAUGGAAUUUGAUGUAUCCCAGCGGUGACCAGAGACCUGCUUCUUGUGAUGUGCAUUGCUGGUGGGAGCAGCAUCCGGAAUGCAAUGCUUUCUUGUCCUGGCAGCCCGAUGCAUCCCUUCGAGAAGAAUAUCCCAACCGCUCGACGCGUUCGACGCUUUCAACGCCAGCAGCGAAGAAUGCGAGAGCGAAGGCAAAGUUCUUGGAGAAAGCGAGGAACGAGGUCAUGCCAACACCCACCGUUGAGGGAGCUGCUGUGCCCGUGAUUGGGAUUGGGACGGGAUGCACCUAUAGUCAGUGGAGUCUUUGGGGUCAUUGCACCCGACUGAAUGCCACUACACGUGAAGGGAUCCAGAACCGCACACGACAUGUGCAGUGUCGUGGAAUUCGCUCGACCGAGACCGAGUUUAGCAAUUGCACCAAGUUCCCAGUAGCCUGCCGCACACAGAAGGAGCUGGAAGUCCUGGCCGAGCGUUAUGAACCCUGGGGACAAUAUUCAGAUCAAUGGGGGCUUUACGAAGGAAGAUGGGGUUUCAACCCAUAUCCUGUCAAAGUUGAGGGUGUGCUGGUGGACAGUGCUGAAAACUGCGGUGUCUGCUAUGAGUCAACAAUCGAAUUCUUGCAAGGGUGUUUGGUGGGAGAGCGAAGUUCUAUCAUCAACGGCAAACCCAACUGGCCUUACAAGAACUCCCCUGUUGUAGAUAUGGCCAUCCAAGACAAGCCCACAAUCAUGCGCAAUGUCACUUGCAAGGAGCUCGGCUACCCAAUUCCCAUCGGGAAUCCAGCAUUCUACUACAAGUUUCAGCUAAACCUUUUUGGACGGCUUUCUUUGGACGAAUGGGCUCUGAUGUACCCCGCUGGUGACCAACGCGUCAUUGCAGAUCCUGUCCAGGAUUGGUGGGACAACGUUCCAGAAUGCCGUCGGUACUUCAGGGCAGUGCCCAUGGGCCCACGCUAUGUUCAGCCUUAGAUACCUUUUUGGGCAUGCAUAGAGCCUACAAAUACCUUUUCGUUGGCAUGAAUAUAUUGCCAUUUCCUAGAAAUGUUCUACAGUAAUUAGUGCGAGCCAUCAAGUCCAAGAGCGACAUGUGACGAUUCCUGCUCCGACAAGGAGCCUUGCCUGCUCCAUGCACAUGAAAGAUACUCAAGC